AUGGCGACACCACCUCCGAAACCGAAGGUCCAGCCGUGCCGGUACAAAACCGGCAAGACACUAGGCGCUGGAUCGUACUCUGUCGUGAAGGAAUGCGUGCAUAUCGACACUGGUCGCUACUACGCAGCCAAGGUCAUCAACAAGCGCUUGAUGUCCGGGCGAGAGCACAUGGUCCGCAAUGAGAUCGCCGUCUUGAAAAAGGUGUCUAUGGGUCACCAGAAUAUCCUCACGCUGGUCGACUACUUCGAGACCAUGAACAACUGUGCGUUUCCUGUCGGUGGGAUCGAUAUCUGGGCCAUCGGCGUAAUUACUUACUUCCUACUAUGCGGCUACACCCCCUUCGACCGCGACUCCAACCUGGAAGAAAUGCAAGCAAUCCUAGCAGCAGACUACUCCUUCACACCGCUAGAGUACUGGCGCGGUGUAUCACAAGAAGCACGCAGCUUCAUCAACCGCUGCCUAACAAUCAACCCGCAAUCACGCAUGACAGCUCACGAAGCCCUCCAGCACCCAUGGGUCAACCCGCCCUACGAUACAGCCAAGAUCGGCUCAGGUGAGGAUCUCCUGCCAACCGUCAAGAAGAACUUCAAUGCACGACGCACGUUACACCGCGCUAUCGAUACAGUGCGUGCUAUCAACAAGCUCCGCGAGGGUGGUGGGUUCAUGAUGGAUGGUGUGAUGAGCGUUGAUCCUAAGCCUGAACGUGUGAACGGGGAUGAGAUUAUUGAGGAGGAGAAGCAUGCUGCGCCGGCGCAGUCGGCUGACCAUGCUCCUGGUGGGCAGAUUGAUAGUCGGGGCAAUGCUCGUGGGCAGUCUGAGGAGCAGAUCCGGGCUCAGGAGCGCAGGGUUAAGGAGAUGGUUGCUGGGUUGUGGAGUCGGACUCCUCGGUAG